CUGGUUUAUUCUACGAAAUCCCUCAUAUAAGCAACUAAGGUCGUCCUUAAGGUGGUGGAUCACCUGAUCAUCUACUGAUAUAAAUUGAUGGUUCGGAGUGUGAUGUAGGUAUGAGAUGAGGCCUUCUGAGUACCAAGAGGCAGGUGAGAUGAGUUCAACGAGUUCAACAGCAUUAGCAGCAGCAAUUACUGCAGCAGCAAGGGGCUGCUGCUUCUGCUGCUAUCGUAUCAGCUGUCCAUACGCUUCAUAUCAUACGACUGAAGCAAAAGAGGCGUCGAAAGGAGGCCAGAAAAAUACGGCGUCGUCGCACGCUGCUGACGCGUCGUCGCCUUAUUUCCGCUCGUAGCGCUGGGAAGAUGCCGGAAUCUGAGAGUUCCACUUCCGACUGGCUCGUUUCUCCUUUAAAAGGAGGGAGAGUCCUAGAUUGAUAAGAUCGAUUAUUCGGUCAGUCGU